GCGCGCGACGCAGGACCUGGUGCCGGCGCCGGCGCCGCCUGAGGCGGCGAGGCCAGGGCUUCCGAAGGCCCGCGGGGCGGUGGACGGCCUGGUACCAUGUUCGGCUCCAGCCGGGGCGGCGUGCGCGGCGGGCAGGACCAGUUUAACUGGGAGGACGUGAAGACCGACAAACAGAGAGAGAACUACCUGGGCAACUCGCUGAUGGCCCCGGUGGGCCGCUGGCAGAAGGGCCGCGACCUCACCUGGUACGCCAAGGGCCGGGCGGACGGCGCGGGCCUGAGCCGGGAAGAGGAGCUGGCGGCCGUGCGGCAGGCGGAGCAGGAGGCGCUCAUGGCGGCGCUAGGCUACAAGAACGUGAGGAAGCAGCCCACCGGCCUGAGCAAGGAGGACUUCGUGGAGGUGUGUAAGCGGGAAGGAGGGGACCACGAGGAGAAGGGAGUGGACCGGCUGCUGGGCCUGGGGAGCUCCAGCGGCUCCGCAGGCCGAGUGGCCUUGUCCCGAGAAGACAAGGAGGCCGCCAAGCUGGGGCUGUCGGUGUUCACGCACCAUCGCGUGGAGAGCGGUCGGCCAGGCUCCUCCCCAGCCUCGGCCAGGAAGAAGCCUCGGUCGGAGGAGGAGAAGGCGGAGUCCGGCCCCGAGAGCCACAGGAAGAGCAAGAAAGAGAAGAAGAAGAAGAAGAAGAAAAAGCACAAGAAAGAGAAGAAGAAAGACAAGGCACACCGGAGCAGGGUGACCUCGCCGCUGCCCCCCGCUUCUGCGGGAUCCGGGCACCGCGGGCACGGCUCGGACUCGGACGGCGACUCCUGUCCCUGCUCCAAGAAGCGGCGCCCGCACCACAGUGACUGACACUGGCCCCCACGGCAGCUUCUGGAGGGGCGUCCGGGCGUCCCACCUGCAGGGCCUGCCCCGGGGGCGUCGCACUGGCCUGGGAAGGCGCCGCACAGCCGCUUCUAUUUUUCUUUCGCUCUUUGUACUUAAAUAAACUUAUUUUAAGGGGCAA